UUGAUAACUUCCCUCUCAAAUCUGUUAAAAUGCCCUGGCUCUGUGGUUUUACUUCUUCUACAAAAGCUUUUCUCACUUCUCCUUCUCUCGUUUCUUUCUUUCCUACUCCUAAACCCACAUUUCCUCCUUCUUCUCUCUCUGCUUCUAGGUUUCCGAUCACCGUCAGGCUCCUUUCCAGCUUUUCCGCUUCUUCACUAUCCGACGGCAACGAGGACGCUCUCGUCGGAGUUCUCUCUAAUUUUUCCGGUGUGCGAUUGGAGGAGACGGUGCCGAUCGAUUCUGUUAAAGUUAGGCUCGAUUCUUGGAUCUCUUCUCGCGUUAGUGGAAUCAGUAGAGCUCGUGUCCAGUCUAGUAUCCGGUUGGGGCUUGUUAGGGUUAAUGGCCAGGUCGUCGAUAAGGUUUCUUACAAUGUGAAAGCUGGCGACGAAAUCAAUUGCGAAAUUUCCGAGUUGCGACCUUUGAAGGCCGAAGCUGAAAAUAUUCCUCUGGAUAUUGUUUAUGAAGACGAUAGUGUACUAGUUGUUAACAAACCUCCACACAUGGUUGUUCAUCCAGCACCAGGCAAUCCUACGGGCACACUUGUGAAUGGAAUUCUUCAUCAUUGCUCGCUUCCAACAGUUGAAUAUUCCAACCAGGAAUUUCUAUCUGAUGAUGAGGAUGAUGAGCUUAAAAACACCUCUGGAGAUCACAACACAUCUGGAGCAUCGGUUCGUCCUGGAAUUGUGCACAGAUUGGAUAAAGGCACUAGCGGUUUGCUUGUAGUUGCAAAGGACGAACAUUCUCAUGCACAUUUAUCUGAUCAAUUCAAGCUACACACUAUUCAGAGAGUAUACAUUAGUCUUACUUCUGGAGUACCCUCCCCACUUUCUGGACGCAUUGAGGUUCCAAUUGGUCGUGAUUCAAAUAACCGGAUUCGAAUGGCUGCUAUACCAGGAGCAAAUAAUAGUAAACAGGCUCGGCAUGCUGCUAGUAGGUAUAAAGUAAUUGAAAUACUAGCUGGUGGUGGUUCUGCAUUGGUCGAGUGGAGAUUAGAAACUGGUCGCACUCAUCAGAUCCGUGCACAUGCAAAGUACUUGGGAAUUCCUCUGUUAGGUGAUGAAGUGUAUGGAGGGACUAAGAGCAUGGCUUUGUCACUGCUUCGGCCUAGAACUCCCUCUGACAUUCAUGGUCAACUCUUAAAGCUAGUCUCUGGAUUCGAGAGGCCUUCUCUCCAUGCUCUGGCUCUUGGGUUUAAGCAUCCAUACACAGGGAAGAACAUACACUUCACAUGCCAACCUCCUCCGGACUUUGCCAAGAUAUUGGGCCAGCUUCGUAAAAUUAGCACAGUUAAGCCUGCUUAGGAUUGAUUCGGUCUUAUAUUAUGACAAUUCUGAGAUUUGCUCAUAUGCCGUGCCUUGGUGAGCUGGUCCCUAAAUGAAAUGCCUGUUAGCAUUACAUGUUUGGAAAUCUCAU